AACAAUGUGUGUUUUUUUUUUAGAGAGAGAAAGCGAGAGAGCUUCAAGUGAACGAUAACAAGAAUCAUAAAAACUAGUUAAUAAGAUAUUAACAACAGAGAAAAAAGAGCAAAUUAAUAUUUAAGAAUAUAUAGUAGGAAGAAUUGAAGUUGCUUUAUUUUCUUUUUGUUUCUUUAGGUUUCUUUUUGUUUUACAUCUCUUUCUUUUUGUUUUAUAUCACAAUGUAUCUUCCUUACAUAAGCUUUCCUGCUUCCUCUACUCAUAUACUCCUCUCUCUUUCCUUUCUCAGCUUUUUUACGUCGGUUUUCUAGAUGUAAGUGAAGAAGACACUGAAACUAAGUUAGCUGAACCCACUGAACCCAUACCAUAAUAUACGCUACAUAAAGUAUUGCCGGGUGGUUGUGUGAUUAAUGGCACCUGUUGCAUUACCACCCGGUUUUCGGUUUCACCCAACAGAUGAAGAGUUGGUGGCUUACUACCUCAAGAGGAAGAUCAAUGGUCAUAAGAUUGACUUGGAAAUAAUCCCUGAAAUUGAUCUUUAUCAGUUUGAGCCAUGGGAGUUGCCAAGUAAAUCAUUAUUACCAAGCAAUGAUUUGGAGUGGUAUUUCUUUAGUCCAAGAGAUCGAAAAUACCCGAAUGGAUCAAGGACAAAUAGAGCAACAAAGGCAGGCUAUUGGAAAUCGACGGGCAAAGAUCGAAAGGUAAACUCACAAAUGAGAGCAGUAGGGAUGAAGAAGACAUUGGUGUACUACCAAGGGAGAGCACCUAAUGGCCAUAGAAGUGAUUGGGUUAUGCAUGAAUACCGCCUCGACGAGGGAGAGUGUGAAAUUCCUUCUGGCUUACAGGAUGCCUAUGCGCUAUGUCGAGUAUUCAAGAAAACCGCGAUAAAUAUCUCAAAUAAUAUUGCAUCUUCAUCACAAGAACAUUCAUUCACCAACAUAGUUCAAAUGUCAAGUGAUCAAUCGUCGAGCAUCGACAUGUACACCGAGGGAAGAUGUGACGAUUUUGAGAGCUCCGAUUAUUCGAUUCCUAUCGAAAGAUGUUCAACUAGUGCUACUCAUGGAUCUUCUUCAUCACUAUGUGAUAUAGGAGAUGGGCAAUGGAUGCAAUAUUUGAAUGAAGAUGAAUUCUGCUAAUUCAUUUUAUUAUCAUAUAUUAUGUUCUUCAUGCUAUUAUUCAUAUUGGAUAAAUUAUGCAUGAAGUUAAUUAUCAUACAAGUAAUUAUUGGGUUUUUUUUAAUCACUUGAAAAUGGCUUGGGUUACUAGCUAGAUGCUUUGAUAUGUUUUUUUUUUUUUUUUUUUUUUUUUUUUUUUUUUUUUUAAGGCCCAGAAAAGAAAAACAUUAAAAACCCCUCCUCCUCACGACUCAUGAGGGGACUGCUUUGAUGUGAAAUGGGUCCAUAGUUUUUCAACAGGAGCAUUGUAUGUAUGUAUAUGCACAUUAUGUAUGUUACACUUCUAAAACUAAUUAAAUUCGCCAUUUGAUUGGGAAAAGGGGUAAAAGGAUAUAUUGUAAUUUAACAAAUUUAUUCUAUCCCCUUUUUUACACAACACUUGUUUUAUGUUAUAGAUGUCUCAAAAUAUAUGUUUGAAAGAUUUUUUUUUAUUUUUAAUUUAUUACAUUUGAUUUAAUACAUAAUGU